AUGCAGCGAAGAACCGACGAGGAAGCGCUAGCGGAAGCGGAGCGGAAGGCGAACGAAGACAGGGAGGCCGAAGAGCGGCGUCGGGCCGAUGAGGAGAAGGAGCGGCAGCGGCUGAUCGAAGUGGAGCGCCGGGCCGACGAAGAGGAAGAACGAAAGCGACGAGAGGAGGCGGAAAACAGAGCGCAGGCCGAGGAAGAGAGAGCGGCGGCGGAAGAGGAGGGGCGACGGCAAAGGGCAAAGGAAGAGGAGGAGCACAAACAGAGCGAAGAGGCGGCGAGACGGGCGGCCGAGGAGGCGGAGGAGCAACGAAGGCUCAAGGAGGCCGCCGAGCGCGCGACCGAGGAGGAGGAAGAGCGAAUGCGAAGAGAAGACGAAGCGAAGCGGGCGGAAGAGGAGGCCGAACGGCAAAGGGCAGAGUCGGAAGAAGAAGAAGAAGAAGAACGGAGACGGGUUCAACGUGAAGAGGAAGAGAAUGAAGAGCGGCUUCGAGCCGAAGAGCGAAGAAAGGCGGAAGAGGAGGAGCGACUGCGCGCAGAGGAAGAGCGAAGAGCGGAGGAAGAGCGAAGACGCGAGGAGCAGCGACAGGAGGAAGAGGAGCAGCAGCGAAGAGCCGAAGAGGAGGAAGCGCUCAAGCUCAAGCUGAAGGAGCAGGAGGAAGAGGAGGCCGAACGCGCGAGGGCCGCGGCAGAUGAAGAGCGAAGGCGACGCGAGCGAGAGGAAAGUGAGAGACAGGCGGCGGAGGAAGAGGAGAGACGCAGAGCCGAGGAGGCGCGGCAACGAGCCGACGAGGAGCUGGCAAAGGCGGCGGAAGAGAAGCGGCUGGCGGCCGAGGAACAAGCACGACAAAGGGCUGAGGAGGAGGAGGAGAAGGAGGAGGAACAGCGGAGGCGAGCGGCCGAAGACGAAGAACGACGACAACGCGAGGCCGAAGAGGCCGCAGAGCAGAGGAAAGCGGAAGAGCAGGAGCGCAGAGAGCGGGAGGAGAAAGAGGCGCAGGCGAGAGAAGAGGAAGAGCGACGACUGGAGGAAGAGCGAAAGCGACAACAGCAGGACGACGACGACGAGGAGGACGAGAUCGAACCGCAAAGCCUCUUCUCCGAAGAGAAUGGCACGGAGGGCGAAGAAGAGGAAGAAGAGGGUGAAGAGGAGGAGGAGGAAGACGACGAAGAAGGCGAAGAGGAAGAGGAACAAAAUAGCGAAGACGAAGCCGAAGCGGGACCAAAUAGCGAAGAGGGCGAGGAGGAGGAGGAGGAGUUGCUUGAGGUCGACGCGGAUGAGUUCGAGGGCGUGCGCAUCUACAUGGAAGAGGAGAUCCAGCAGAUGAGCCCCGAAGACCUCUCCUUCGCCGACAUGGAGGAGAACGAAGCCGACAACGACCGCGAGCUCAGCAUCGACGGGAGCGAAUACGACAGCGACUUCGACAGCAGCCGGGGCUCGAGCCGCGCGCAGAGCGACGAGGAGGAUGACGCGCUCGACUGGGGCGACGCGGACGACGCCGGUCGGGCUGCGCGCGAUUGGAGCGCCCCGCUGUCGGCCUACGGCCUGCCCCGCAGCGGGCUUCGCAUGUCGCAGGGUCCCACGAUCCUCAUCAGCGGCCGUAGCCUCGAAGAAAGCGAAAAUGUCGACAAAGGCGGCGAACCGGCCUUGAAGGAAAAGAGCGAAGAGGACGAGGAGAAGGAGAGGAGGCGGCAGGAGCGGAGGAGGGCGCGGCGGAAGGCGAGGGAGAAGGAGAAGCGGCGCCUGGAGCGCUUGAAGAAGGCCGGCCUGCUCUCGCCCCAGUCCUCGAACCGCCUGUCGCGACGUUCUCGCUCCACGUCAACACCGCCCCCGCUGGCCACCGCGACACGACGCAGAUCGCGAUCGUCUUCCUGCAACCAGCCGGUGUGA